GCAACUGCGGUCAUGUGCUGACGUCACUUCCGUCACAGUCUUCGUUGAGCGGCUUAUUACAGCAUCGCUAACAGGUUGAGACAAAUCGUGCAGCCAUGGCCAACAACAUGAUCGACAACCUCAGUAAGUUUCUGCUGGAGUCGGCUAAACAGGUGGAGGAACAGGUGGAUGCAGAGUUGGCCAAACUCAAUGAAAUGGAUGACGAUGACUUUGAGAAAAUGAGGGAACGACGAUUAGAGGCGCUGAAGAAAGCUCAAAAACAGAAGCAGGAGUGGUUGUCCAAAGGACACGGAGAGUACCGCGAACUUCCCAGUGAGAAAGACUUCUUCAGCGAGGUCAAGGAGAGCAAAAAGGUUGUCUGCCAUUUCUACAGAAACUCCACCUUCAGAUGUAAGAUCAUGGACAAACACUUGGCUCUCCUGGCAAAGAAGCACGUCGAGACCAAAUUCAUCAAACUCAACGCAGAGCAGGCGCCCUUCCUGGCCGAGCGGCUGCGCAUCAAAGUCAUCCCCACCCUGGCGCUGCUCAUCGACGGCAAAUCCAAGGACUAUGUGGUCGGCUUCCGCGACCUGGGGAACACUGACGAGUUCAGCACCGAAAUGCUGGAAUGGCGACUGGGCUGCGCCGAUGUUAUUAACUACAGCGGUAACCUGAUGGAGCCACCCACUUCCACGCAGAAACCUCAUUCCAGGUUCACCAAAAUCGAAAAAAAGACCAUCAGAGGGCGAGGCUACGACACGGAUUCUGACGACGACGACUGAGGGAUGGCGACAACUGUCUCGGUUUCUCUCUUCGGGCUACCUCGUUUGUACCAUCUCUCAACUGGCCCUUUUUCCUUUUUUCCCCGACUGUGUCUUUCAUCCUUGGAUAAGAUGUUAUCAUCAUUAUAAGUAAAAGAAAAUGACUCCAUAUUAGAGGAUGUCAUGAUGUAGGACUGGGUGAUUAUGGCAAAAAUAAUGACUAUUGACAUAACAAUUCUUGCACCUUUUAAUUGUAAUUCAACUUCAGCUGGGUUGUCAAUAAACUGCUUGAAGCAAACAAAAUUCCCCCACCCCCCAAACAUUUUCUCUUGGGGCCACAUUAUGGUUCCUGACUAAUGAGUCUGGCACAGGCAUCCACAAUAUCAACACGAUUCUUAACAUACAGUAUAUUAAUUUAUCAAUACGAGUCGUUUGCUGAAGUAGUAGGUAAGUACUUCACACUUUAAUUUGAAAUACCUCAGAUAUUCUAUUCUAGCCCGUUCUUAUAUCAAAUUAAAUAAGUAUUUUUAGUUCAAGGUGAAAAUGAUAUAUGAGCAGUAGACCAGUUAAUUUAAAACGAAAGCAGAAAAACUGUCAUGGGAAGUUAAAAAAUAUAAUACCGCUACGAUAGGGAAAAAAAACCUAUGUUGAGUAAACAUCUAUUCAAUGUUCUGGAGUAUGAAUAUUGAAAGACUGUACUCAUUAUUAUUAUCUACGAAAUUGCACUCAACAUUCAGCAAGUGCAUUCAAGGUGCUUUUACAGCACUGGAAUUGGAACUCAAUUUUCAAAAUCAUUGUCACAAUGAAAUUUCAGUUAAUCGCCCAGCCCUACUGAACUUUUCCAUGCCAUUGAUCUGUCAUGGAUUUAAUUUCAUGAAUUCCAUCUUGAUUUCAGGCCUUUUAACUAUGACACGAGUGUGAAGAUAAUUUCAUGUAGUUUUUACUACAUGGAGACUUUGGAAACUGAAUUCAUUAAAAAAAUAUUUACACCAAUCAAUGCAAUCGAAAUUCAUAUUUGACAUUUUAAGUGUAGAAGACAGAUGAACGGACAUUUAUCCUGUAUUUCAAUUUAAUUAACAUAGUUGUUGCUAAGAAAUAGAAAAGAUUACUUUUUCAGGGCCAACUGAGAAUGGCUGAUUAAUCUCCUGUAAGAAAAUUAAGAUCCACGGUAAUUUCAAGGUAGGUAAAAGGGAAAAAAAUGUGUAGACCAGUGGUUAUUAAACUAGGUUCAGUCCAACCCCAGUGGUUCGAUGAGUAGUCUAAGGCAGAGGUGUCCAAACUUUUUGCAAAGGGGGCCAGAUUUGGUGUGGUAAAAUGUGGGGGGUCGACCUUGGCUGACGUCCUUUAUGUAGAACAAUAAGCAAAUUUUAGCUAGCCAUUCUGUGUGUCACAUUUGCUUUAUUAUUU